AUGCAGGCCUCGCUGAAUGUUUCGCAAAUUCGGUGCGAUCAAUCGAAUUGCCAGAAUGGUGGGGCAUGUCCUUUUCCCGGUGAGCCUUGUGAUUGCCCAGCUGGUUUCACAGGAGACCUUUGCCAGAAUGCUCCUCAAGGAUUGUCGGAUAUAGCAAGCACUGGUAUUGCUCUCGGAGUUUUGAGUUUUGUUUGCGUCCUCGUAAUCUUUGUCUGCUGUGUUUUGAUACAAUGGGCCAGACGAAAUCAAGGAACAAAUGCAAUGCUCAAUGAAAGACGGUUUGAGGAUCCAAGUAGACGUAAUAGAGACUUCUACAGAUACGAGGGGCAGUAUGGUGUUGGUCAAGAAUUGUAUCGACUGGGAGGAACUGAUGCGCCGGUAUAAACAGCUUCCUUUUGCACGUGAUCAACGCUUUA